GGCGGCUGGCGCGGGAUGGGGGCAACUCGGAGCCGGCCCGGCUGUUGUGCCGGGGUCCCAGGCUACAGGCUUGCUAUCAUGGAUCCUCUUCGGGAAGCAAAUGGCACCUUUGCCUUAAAUCUUUUGAAAAUCCUGGGUGAAAACAGCUCAAAAAAUGUGUUUUUCUCACCCAUGAGCAUCUCCUCAUCCCUGGCUAUGGUCUUCAUGGGGGCAAAGGGAAACACUGCAAGCCAGAUGGCUCAGGCACUCUCUUUGGAUAAAUGCAGCGGCAAUGGAGGUGGAGAUGUCCACCAGGGCUUCCAGUCACUUCUCACCGAAGUGAACAAGACUGGUACACAGUACUUGCUCAAAACAGCCAACAAGCUCUUCGGAGAGAAGACUUGUGACCUUCUAGCAUCUUUUAAAGAUUCCUGCCGCAAGUUCUACGAAGCAGAGAUGGAAGAGCUGGACUUUAAGGGUGACACAGAGCAGUCCCGACAGCACAUCAACACCUGGGUCGCCAAAAAGACAGAAGAUAAAAUCCAAGAGCUGCUGUCUCCAGGUGCGGUGAAUUCAGACACUCUGCUGGUCCUUGUAAAUGCCAUCUACUUUAAAGGGAACUGGGAGAAGCAGUUUAACAAAGAGGACACCCGGGAGAUGCCUUUCAAAGUCUCCAAGAAUGAGGAGAAACCUGUGCAAAUGAUGUAUAAGAAGUCUACCUUCAAAAUGACCUAUAUUGGAGAGAUAUUCACCAAGAUUCUGUUGCUUCCCUAUGCUGGCAAUGAGCUGAACAUGAUCAUCAUGCUUCCAGAUGAGCACGUUGAUCUGAAAACGGUGGAAAAGGAAAUAACUUAUGAAAAUUUCAUAGAGUGGACGAGGCUGGACAUGAUGGAUGAAGAAGAGGCGGAGGUUUUCCUCCCACGGUUUAAACUGGAGGAGAAUUAUGACAUGAAGGACUUCCUGUGCAAGCUGGGCAUGACUGAUGCCUUUGAGGACAGGGCAGACUUUUCUGGAAUAUCUUCCAAGCAUGGCUUGUCUCUGUCCAAGGUUGUGCAUAAGUCCUUUGUGGAGGUCAAUGAGGAGGGCACAGAGGCUGCGGCUGCUACAGCUGCCAUCAUGAUGUUGAGGUGUGUCAGGAUCACCCCUCGUUUCUGUGCCAACCGCCCCUUCCUUUUCUUCAUUCAGCAUGUUAAGACCAAUGGGAUUCUGUUCUGUGGCCGGUUCUCCUCUCCCUGAGGAUAAGGUCUUCCUGUCAGUCUUUUAUUCUUUCUCCAUGGUUUGCCUGCGACCUAAGUGACCUUAUCCAUAAGUGCAAUGACAAUUUUGAAAUAAAGUGCAUUCUACAUCCCAA